AUGGUUAUGGAUAAUUUGAACGAUACUCAAGAAAUUGAUAAUCAAAAUAAUUUCACUCUAACGAAAAAUGGACAAUUUGAUGCCAUUGCAUCUAACGUUAAUCAAACAAUUGAAGAACUCAACAAAAUCUACAGUCAAAUCGGUUAUUCUUCCACAGAAAUAUCGAUAAAGAAAUCACAGAUAUUUCAGGUAAUUGAUGAUACUAUUUCCUCAUUUGCUGAUAAUUUAAGAAGAGAACAGACCAUUAUAGAAAAUGAGUGUGAAUGGUUACGACAGCAAAUUAGAGUAAUUCUUGCUAUGAUAAAUGAUGCUAAUGGUGAUAAAUAUCUCAAAUUGAUAAGUAGAGGAGUUGUUUUCAAUAAUAAGGAAUUGUUUGAACAAGGCUAUAAGCAAGAAAUUCUUGAAAAAUUAACUAAUCUAAAAAAUCGUAAAAGUCGUUUUUACGCAAGCUCUCCAUUCAAUGAUGCCAGUAUAUCAACGGAUAGUGAGCAUGAAAUAUCUUUACAGAAUCAGUAUGAACACAUGCUACAUAACGUUCCAGAGUUAUCACUUCUUCAAUCAAAAGGAAGACUCAAUUCAAUAUUUUUUGAAGUAAUCAAAAAUUUCAUCAGAUCGUUCAAAAAAUUCAAUUCUUUGAAUCUUGAGUACCUAGAUACAAUCGAUUCUAUAGGUCAAUUUUAUUCUUCAAAUGCUAAUGUGAACAUUCUUAAAGCCUUGCCAUCGAAAGUUGAAGCAGAAAAUCAUCAAAGUUUGAUUGAAAGUUUCGAAAGUGUGAUUAAAGAAUUGAAAUUAAAUGAUAGUGGGAAUGUAAUCCUGACUUUAGCAAGUUCCAAAACUGCUGAUGACCACUAUGCUUUCAUUAUUUCGAGCCCUCGUAAAUUGAAACAAAAUGGUCCAAUAAACUAUGAUGAUCAUCAGGUUCAUGAUAUCCCAAACAGUAAAGCCAACCAAGAUACUGAAAAGCUUAUGGAUUCCUUGAGAGAUUUGAACCAUCAAAUUGUGCAUGUUAUACGAAGCUUGAAAAUUACCAAGCUAACUCCGGAAUUUAUCACUAAUCUACAAAAUGAAAUAAAGUACUGUAAAGAUGAAGCUGAUCAAAGAAAGCUUCAAAUGUCAAACAUAAUAACGGAAUGUUUAUCACUUAUAAAUACCCUCCAUAUGACUGACGAUCAAUUAGUUAAUACUCAAAAGCUGUUUGACGGCAGUGAUCAAUCUAACACAUUACCUAAUGACGGUUACUUUGAUAGCGAAACAUUAAAGUUUAUACAGAAAGAACCUAGAGAAUUUGGUUUAAUGGACCAACAUUUUGAAUUCGUCAAUAAGCUUGCUUCUACCUUAUCAAAAAUAAAAACCACAAAGCAAAAGAAAUGGGACUAUUACCUAGAUUCAUGCAGUAAAAUUUGGGAUAAACUUGGGGAAAAUAGAGAUCAAGUUGAAAAUUUCUUAAACGCUAAUAGCUCACUCACUGAUUUAUCGUUGAUGAAUUUUAAAGUUGAAUUGAACAGGUUAUUGGCUAAAAGAUCGGAAUUUAUUGAAAACUUUAUUUCUGAUGCAAAAAUCGAAAUUGAGGCAUUGUGGUCAAAGAUGUUUUAUUCUGACGAAGACAAGAGAUCUUUCAAAUAUUUUGAUUAUGAUAUUAAUGAUGAUUUUUUGGAUAAGGAGCUUGUUCUAAGUGAACACGAACAGGAACUUAGAGAGUUGAAAAAAUCCUACGAAUUAAAGGAACCAAUUCUUUCUCUCUAUUCCCAAAUAUUGGAAUUAUUCGAGGAUCAAAAGUUCCUCCAAGAAUCUUCAAAAGAUUCCUCCAGAUUACUUAGCAAAAAUUCUUGCAAGAUCCUUUUAAAUGAAGAAAAACUAAGAAAGAAGAUUAACAAAAAUAUGCCAAAAUUGAUCUCAGAAAUUAAAACGGAAAUUGUCAAAUUUAAUAGGAGAGCUAGCGAACAAAAACCAAUUUCCAUAAAUGGAGAAGAUUUUCUUGAAAAAAUUAUGUCAAUCGAAUCUCAACUCGUUAACGAGAAAGGUAACAGAAGCAGGAUCAGCAGAAGUACCAGUCAACAAGUUUCGCCUAGGAAGGUGAUUCCUUCUACUCUUCGAUCUUCACCAAUUAGAAGGCCACCCGUAAAUCACAAACCUGUAACCAUGAAUUCCAGGUCAAAAGGAGGUAUAUCUCCCAAGAAUUUUAGAUCAAACCAUCCCUCUAUUUUAUCUCCUACCAAAAAUUCCCAUAUCAACAAUAAUAGAAUAGCAAAGCCUAGAGCAAAGACGUCAAUUAAAGCUAAACAUAAUACAGCCCCAAGUUCUAGAUUAGAAAGUCCCAUAAGGCCUGUUGCAAGAAGCAAUUCUAAUAUUUCUAGAAUUGUGGGGACUCAAUUACAACCCUUAAAUACCCCAUUGCUGUCUUUCAAUGAAAAUAAAUCUCCAAAGGAAGGUCUUGAGUUCAAUACUGAUAGUACUAUACACUCGAAUAUUUCAAGAUUUUCGCCUUUGAAAAUUAAUGACAACCCAGAUCUCUAUUCAAAUGCCCAAAAAAUUGAUUUCUCCCCAGUGAAAAAUUUUGAAGAGCAUGAUAAGGAGAACAAAAGAUCCAGCUUUAGUUUAUCACCAAUUAAGAUUCUGUCUUCACAAAACGAGAAGGGUGAUAUCGAACCCGAGACUAAUCCAGGUAAUCAAGUAGAAACUUUCACUGCUGACAGCUCCACCAUAAUAGCUGAUGACUAUCAAGCAUGGAGAGACGAGAAGAUCAGACAAUUAAAUGGGAUAAGAAACUAG